AUGUCUGACUCAGAGUGGAUGUCCAGCCUGAUGGAAACAGGCCCGGCACCCAGGCAGAAGAAAUGGUUCGAGCUGUAUCAAAGGUGGGACCCUGGGAAUACGGGUAGAGUUUGGACCAACAGAAGCUGCCUGUUCCUAAAGAAGUCUGGACUCCCUGACAUUACAUUGGGAAAGAUUUGGGAUUUGGCCGAUCCCGAUGGUAAAGGAUAUCUUGACAAACAGGGGUUUUACGUAGCUCUGCGUUUGGUGGCCUGCGCUCAGAAUGGUCAUGAAGUCAGUCUCUCCAGCCUCAACCUCACAAUCCCCCCACCCAAGUUUAAGGACACCAGCAGUCCGUCUCUAAGCAGCACAGCUCCUCCCUCCAGCGAAUUACACUGGGCUGUCAGGCCCGAGGAGAAGAAUACAUUUGAUGGGAUUUUUGAGAGUUUGGCUCCAGUCAAUGGCCUGCUGUCAGGAGACAAGGUGAAACCAGUCUUAAUCAACUCCAAGCUACCUCUGGACGUCCUUGGGAAGGUUUGGGACCUGAGUGACAUUGAUAAAGAUGGCCACCUGGACAGAGAUGAGUUUGCAGUGGCCAUGCACCUGGUGUACCGGGCCUUGGAGAAGGAGCCGGUCCCCUCCCUCCUCCCCUCCUCCCUCAUCCCGCCGUCCAAGAGGAAGAAGAGUCUGGGCUCAGUGGCUGGCUCUGCCACUGGACUACCUGAGCCCCCCCCACCAAAAGACUCGUUACGCUCCACACCCUCUCAUGGCAGCAUGAACUCACUCAACAGCACCGGCAGCCUGUCGCCCAAACCACUCAAGUCUGGACAGCAUUCAUUGAACUGGGUGGUCCCAGUGUCAGACCGUGGUCGCUAUGACGACAUCUUUCUGAAGACUGACGCCGAUCUGGACGGUUUUGUCAGCGGGCAUGAAGUAAAGGACAUCUUCAUGCACUCUGGACUCUCUCAGAACCUCCUGGCCCACAUAUGGGCUCUGGCAGACACCAGGCAGCUAGGCAAGCUGACCAGGGAGCAGUUUGCCCUCGCCAUGUAUCUCAUCCAGCAGAAGGUCAGCAAGGGCAUCGACCCUCCACAGGCCCUGACUGCCGACAUGUUACCCCCAGAGAGAGGGACCCCUGUACCAAGUAUGUCAGGAUACAUGACCCCAGUGGGAUCGGAGAUGGCUGCUCUGUCUGAAAUGAGAAGGGACAGCUCCAGUUCAGUGGGUUCAGGCGAGUUCACCGGAGUCAAGGAUCUGGAUGACAUCAGCCAGGAGAUAGCACAGUUGCAGAGGGAGAAGUACACACUGGAGCAGGACAUCAGGGAUGCGGAGGAGGCCAUCAGACACAAGAGUGCAGAGGUGCAGGAGAUGCAGAAUGACCUGGACAGAGAGACGGCCAGCCUACAGGAGCUGGAGGCUCAGAAACAAGACGCCCAGGACCGCCUGGAGGAGAUGGACCAGCAGAAACACAAGCUGGAGGACAUGCUGAACGAGGUCCGGGUCAAGUGCCAGGAGGAGUCUCACAUGAUCUCGACGCUCCAGAAUCAGAUCCACUCCCAGGAGACCGAUCUGCAGUGCCAGGAGGAAGAGCUGAUCCGGGCCAAGGCCGACCUGGGCCGGCUGCAGCAGGAGGAGAACCAGCUGGAGCAGAGCCUGGCUGCUGGCAAGAUCCAACUGGAGACCAUCAUCAAGUCCCUGAAGGCAACACAGGAUGAGAUCAACCAGGCUCGCAGCAAGUUGUCCCAGAUCCAGGACAGCCAACAGGAAGUGUCUAAAAGCAUCGAGCAGUACAACAGCACCUUGAAUGGAACCCACGGAGGCAGCAUGACCAACCUGGCCGAUAUGAGUGAAGGCUACAGCGACAGAGAGAACGGAGGAUUCCCGUCCAUGGAGGAUCCAUUCAAAGUGAAGCCAUCUGUGUUCAACAGCCAGCCUCAGGAGCUCCACACUGACCCCUUCCACUCUGAAGACCCCUUCAAAACAGACCCCUUCAAAGGGGACCCUUUCCAAAAUGACCCUUUUGCAAAGCAGCCAUCGACUGUCACAGAUCCUUUUGGAGGAGACCCGUUCAAAGAGACUGAUCCGUUCAAGUCUUCGUCUGAAGAUUUCUUUAAGAAGACCACAAAGAUGGAUCCCUUCUCCACACCAGACCCCUUCAGUAAAAGUGCCACAUUACCUUCCAAGCAGCCAACCAGUCACUUCACAAGCAAUGACCCAUUCUCUUCAGGCAACCCAAAACCCAAAGUACCAGAUCCAAACCCCAUGAUGUCCCUGGAAGAAAAGUCAAGGGAUGGUCAAAAUCUGUUAGGCACGUUGGACCCGUUUGGCAGCGGUUCGUUCAGCAGCAGCAGUAACAGCUCAGCUGGCUUCGCAGACUUCAGCCUCAUGUCGAAGCCCAGAGAGCCUUUUGAGGGCCGGGCCGGCUGGCUGCCGGACUACCAGAAGUCCGUGUUUGUGGAUGAUCCAUUCAGCAGGAAGAGUGACACGCCAGCUCUGCCACCGAAGAAAAGUGUCCCUCCAAGGCCCAAACCCCCCAGUGGUAAAAGUACUCCAGUGAGCACGUCUGGAGCAGUUGACCCUUCCAAACCAUGUGACCCUUUCCAGCCAUUUGGCAGUGACACCAUCGACCCGUUUCAGACGAAAAAGGGCGUGGGAGACCCGUUCAGCGGCAAAGACCCUUUCGCCGCACCCUCGGCAACAAGACCUGACAAAUCCAAGUUUGGGAACGAGGCUCAGCAGUUGGAGUGGGCGAAGCGAGAGAGUGAGCGGGCAGAGCGAGAGCGGCUGAAGAGGCUCAGGCUGCAGGAGCAGGAGGACUUGGAGCUGGCCAUCGCCCUCAGCAAGGCCGAGAUGUCCAAUGCAUGACCUGGGAACCCCCCCAAACUCCCCC